AUGAUCUCUGCCUGGGCUCGCGCCCUUGUCGGCGCCGGUGUUGCUACCCUUCUCAUGGCCCUCUCGACGUCGACACUCUCAGCAAAUGCUUCCCCCGUCCUCCUGACUCGCCUUGGGAGCGUGCAAGAAGUUCCCAUCGACCUCGAAGCUCGAGCAAGCCCGGCCUGUGCCGAGUACGUGGUGAUCGCUACGAGGGGAACAUUUGAGGCGCAGGGUCCCACCCCUGCCCUCUCUGGUAUGACCAACUACACACUUGGCAAUAUUACCGGCGGCAUCGCUUAUCAGACCGUCUACCCUGCAGGCGACUGGACCCACCAGCUAGGUGCCGACGACAUUGUUCGCAGGAUUGAGCAAGGUUUGACAGACUGUCCUGCGCAGAAGUAUGUGCUGCUGGGCUACAGUCAGGGCGCUACUGCGACGGCCAUUGCUCUGUAUAAUUACACUGAUAUCAACAGUGCUGGUUACAAGGCCAUUGCCGCCGUCGUCGUCGUAGGCAAUCCAGCGAAGCGGGCUAAUAGGAUCUCAAAUGUAGACCAAGUCGGCGGCUCUUGGACUAAUGGCACAAAUGGCGUCUACAUCAAGCUGGUGCCAACGAUUCCUGAUGUCUGGUACAGCACCAAGACGCUCGAUGUAUGCUGGGCGGAUGACCUGGUUUGCAAUGGCCUGAACUUCUUCUCAGUGAUCAACCUAAUGAUCAAUCACUUGCUGUACAAAGUGGCCAGCGUGCAGAACUUGGGAGCCGCUCAUAUUAUUAAGCAGCUGAAGAUUGCCUUGGCAUGA